CCCCGGAGAGUCGAGCCGUCACACACACCGAUCUGUAACCAUGAUGCUGAAGAUAAUGGGAGUUCUGCUCUGCGCUACGCUGGUCGCCUGCGUCGACGUCAUGCCUCAGAAAGACUUCAACCUGGAGAAGAUGGCUGGUAAGUGGUGGGUCGUGGGCCUUGCCACCAACGCCCAGUGGUUUGUGAACCGUAAGGCUGGCAUGAAGAUGGGCACUUCCAUGAUGCUGCCCACUGCCGGAGGAGACCUGGACAUCAGCUGCACCAAGCAGAACGCUGAUGGUUCUUGCUGGAAGACAACCCAUCUGGCCAAGAAGACUGACAUCCCAGGCCGCUUCACCUUCACCAGCCAGCGUUGGAACAGUGAAAAUGACAUGCGUGUGGUAGCUGUUCAGUAUGAUGACUUUGCUCUGAUCCACACCAUCAAGACCAAAGACGGAGUAACUGACGUGCUCAACAAACUAUUCAGUCGCACUCCAGAGGUGAGCGCAGCUCUGCAGGAGAAGUUCAUGCAGUUCUCUCUGGAUACAGGAAUCCUCUCUGAGAACGUUACUAUCCUGCCCAAGAACGGUGAAUGUACCGAGGCAUAAAUUUCCGCUCAUCCCUUUCUCCGUCUACUCCUCUUCCACUGGCCUCUGUCACCAUUUCAAGCACAAACUCUUUUCCUGGAAGAAGACUGAAGACUGCAAACCCCUACCAUCCCCUCCCCCAGCAGAACAAACCCCUUCACCUUUAACUCCCCACUGUUCCAAUGCGCCACUCUACAUUCGUUUUUUUUAUGCUGAUUGUUCUUGUUGAAAUAAAGCAUGUUUAAAAAAAUA